AUGUGUCGUGCACAGGUUUGUGUUGACACCGGCUCCCCGCCUGAUCCCACCGCCUCCCGGGGACCAGGCCCCCGAGGCGGGCCUCGGUGUCUCACCUCUCCACCAGUACUUCUGGGAGAUGUAUUCCCACGUGAGCUGCUGGUUCAGGUGCUCGCCGCCCUCCAUGAUGUGCGCCUGCUUGAUAAGUUCCCUCCUGCGGCCGUCCUGCAGCACCACCUCCAGCUCCGUGAAUUCAUCCUGGCCCUUCAGGCGCCGCUGGUAAAACAACGUCCCGCUCCUCACCACGUAGCAGGCGGCGGCUUUCCGGAUUUUUCUCUUGGUGUUGCCGGGCGUCCCCGGUGCGUACGGCUCCCGUUCAUCGGUCAGGUAGCGGAUGAUCGCCAAGUAGCUCUCCUCACACGACAUGUCUCCGCCGAGCCGCGGCCUCCCUCACAGUUCCGGGUUUCUCUGGAAGAGGGUGGAACUGCAGUUCGUUACCGUCAGGGAGACUGGCCCGAACAGACAAAAUGGCUGCUGCACAACCGGAUGUUGCGUCAGCAUCGGCGGAAGCACAUCGUGCCCAACAUCCACCGCAAGAGGGCGUGGUGUCCAAACUUACAACACCACAGAGAAACAACAGAAACACAUGCACUCUGCAUAAUUGCACACAAAGUGCAAGUUAAGAUACAGAUGAGUGUUCAACAGCUGAGGCAUCCUGCCAAUAUAAGACAAAGAGUGUCAAACAGAAUUACGGGAGAUCUGGAGGGACGGGACGAUGCUGCUCAUCCAUGUGUCACAUACCAAACUCGCCGGCAGACACUGGUGUGCUGCUACGAACACACAAGCUUCUGUGACUCCAACAGGAGGAGUGGUGCAUGUCUGAGAGGUAAAACAUCCACAGAUGCUUUUGAGCAGAGAGUUCCGGGAUUUUGCUCGACCACAGAGUUCAGCUCUUCUAAAAGCUGAGAGCUUGAGGGAGUUUUUUUUGAAUA